AUGGAACCAGUACUGGAGAAUGAGAUCGCAGCCCAUCCUCCGCUUCCUCACACUCCUAAGCCGAAACAGCAUCAGGCUUAUGCUCCACCUGUCGUCCAGUCCACUCCUUCGAGUCAAAGGUUCACCUCUCACGCCGAAGACGAAGUUCCCCAGCGUGCAGAGAUUGUCAAUAAGUUCCUUGAAGAUGAUAUCAGCGACCGCCUUGAAAUUUCUCUGAACGACUUCGCGACCCUGAUCCUUGAUCUUCCAACUGAUUGGCACGUCAGAAAGGAGUUCACACUGCUGCCGGAAAGCGAAGUCGUGAAAGAUGCGUUCGCGGCAUAUGUAAAGGUAGCGAUAGGGGAGGUAGAUGGUGAAGGGAAGAAGAAGAUAGGCAUUGCGGGGAACGAAAGCGGGUUGUACCAACCCCUUGCGAAUCUCUUGAACUCAUUGAGAGACGGAGAGGGACGGUUAGGAAAGGACAUUGAUGAGAAGAUCUUCUACGUUCAGGAUCCCCGUCCGGUGUUGGGCUCAUUAGUGGCAAGGAAGCCAGACCUGGGGGGGAUCUAUACUGAGCUCCUUGGUCUCACCGAAAAUGCAAAACUCUCGGAUUACCUCGCAGAGAACAACAUCGUGGGUGUAUUUUGGGGACUCUUGCUCUAUUUCAUAGAGGUCAAGCAUGAAAGGGGGAGAUUUGUCGGUCUGAAUGUGAAUAAGCAAGAAGGUUUCUCAUCGCGCACACAGUCGGAUACACUGCCCUCCAUAGCCUAUAUGGUAUCGCGAUCUAGUACUGCCUCUACGCCUCCGUCUACUCCCUCCGCUUCUACAUCAAGCAGCGAUGAAGACGAGUACCUGCCUGGAGUUACCCUUCAGAAUCGGGGCGGCAGGAAGAAGAGAGUGGAAAUCGUGACGUCGCAGGAAUAUUUACAAAGGGCAGAGGCAGAACGGAAAGCAGAAAAAAUGUUGACUCCGACGCAGGGACAGCAUCUUACAAGGAUUCAAUGCGCGAGUUAUGCCAAAGAAAUGCUCUCGAAUGGAUUUAUUCGAAAUCAUGCUGUGGGGAUCACGGCGGACGACACUAGCUUGCGCUUCCAGUACUAUGACCGAUCAAAAGUUGUCGAAAGCAAACCCUUUGGCAUCGUGAACGACGAGUUCAAGAAGCUCUUUAUGGCCAUGGUCUGCCAACUGCACAAGCUCUCUACGGAAAAUCUCGGAUUUAUUCCCAACCUGGACCUGGAUGGCUUUGAUCUCCUACGGAAUCCAGAGCAGCUUCCUUACAAUUUCGACAAAGAUCCGUCAAAGUUGGUCGGCGCUACCUAUACUUUUACAGGGACUGAUGGCAGCAGGCGGAGAGUCCGAAUAACCAAAAUUCUCUACCGCGCCGAGGGCAUCAUUGGUCGAUGUUCGAUCGUUGUUGAGGUGGAGUGCCUUUGUAAGGAAGCUGAUUGCACCUGGCAUGAGAAGGGGAAGAAGAAGACGAGGACGAAGAGGAAGGUGAUGAAGAUCAGUUUUCCAAGCAAGACUCGGCCUUCAGAAGACGGACUCAUUGGGGAAGCAAGGUCGAAAGCAGAAUCUUCCGGCGACAGUUGGGCACUCAAUCAUCUUCCAGAAGUCAUCGACUCUAUCGCAUUUCCCUACCACGAAGAAACCACGGUUCAGGGUCGCCUGAAGAAGCAUCUGAAAGAAAAUUACGAGGAACGAGUUAUGCGUGUCACGUUUUUGGAGAAGCUUCAUCCACUUUCAGAGUUGAAAGACCCCAGAGAGAUUGCGCAAGUGUUUUACGAUGUCCUACAAAUUCACCAGUGGCUUUACGAAUAUGUUGGGAUUCUUCAUCGCGAUCUUAGCUCCGGGAAUAUCAUGUUCAGACGCAUAGAUGGCAAGGUAUAUGGUGUAUUGAACGAUUUCGACCUUUCCUCUCGCGUCCGAGAUAUGGAUAAUGGUCCAACUUCCAACCAGCGUACCGGUACUAGACCGUUCAUGUCUCUAGAUCUUUUAAAUCCCGUUUGGAAGGGCGGUCACUUUUAUCGCCACGAUUUGGAGUCGCUAUUCUAUAUCAUGCUUUGCCUUGCUUGUCGCUACGAGGCGCCGGGUGUGCCCGCACCCGAACCACGACCCUAUUCGCAGUGGUUUAGUGGGUCCGAUGAGGAGAUCUGUGAUAACAAGCACAAAUUCUUGACCGACCCUUUGGUCCUUGCUCAAGAUCUACCUAUUCAACCUUACUUCGCCCAUUUCAAACCGUGGCUCAACCUCAUGCACCGACUUGUUUCAGAGGGAUAUCAUACACGUCCCCGACCGGAUAUUGAUAUGUCUGCAUAUCCAGCUUUGAAGAAACACUUGCCUUCAAAAACCUUAUUCGACUGGCAGACCCUGGACGGGAACGUUACAUAUAAUGUACUGAGACAAUUUAUGUCCUCUUUUCAAGAAGAAUCUCUCGACACUCGGUGGACAGGCUUUAACCCGGACAAUUGA